CCGAGCGCUAAAGCCAUGCCGGGCUCCACCGGGCAGCCCGACGCGGGCGGCGCGGGAACCGGGACCACCGCCGGCGACCCCGGGCAUCCGCACCCUGCACUCGCGGGAGCCGAGGAUGCCGCGCCCCGGCCGCCACCCGAGCCCGACGACGCGGCCGCUGCGCUGCGCCUGGCGCUGGACCAGCUGUCCGCGCUCGGGCUGGGGGGCGCGCGCCCCGGAGAUGAAGGGAUGGCGACACGCAGCGCAGACGGGUCGACAGAACUCAGAGAGGAUGAGCCCGCGCCCCCCGACGAGCUCGAGGCGGCCGUGGCGCCCCCGGUGACUGGUGCGCCCUCGAUGGGCGUGGGACCCUCGAUGGCCCUGGCACCCUCGGUGACCAGUGCACCCUCGAUGGCCCUGGCACCCUCGGUGACUUGUGCACCCUGCAUGGCUGUGGCACCCUCGGUGACGGUGGCACCCUCGAUGGCACUGACACCCUCGGUGACUCUGGCACCCACAAUGGCCGUGGCUUCUUCGGUGGCCCCCGGCGGGCUGCCUCUUUUGGACCCCGACGUGAGCCCCCGGCCAUCUCCCCCAGACGUGUUCGCCAGCUUCGCGCCACACCCGGCUGCCCUGGGUCCCUCGACGCUGCUGGCUGAGCAGUUGAACGUGAUCGGGAGUCGCAAGAAAAGCGUGAACAUGACCGAGUGUGUGCCGGUGCCCAGCUCGGAGCAUGUCGCGGAGAUCGUGGGUCGUCAGGGAUGCAAGAUCAAGGCCCUGCGUGCCAAGACCAAUACCUACAUCAAGACUCCAGUGCGCGGUGAGGAGCCGGUCUUCAUCGUGACUGGGCGCAAGGAGGAUGUGGAGAUGGCCAAGCGCGAGAUCCUGUCGGCCGCUGAGCACUUCUCGCUAAUCCGAGCCACACGUAGCAAGGCGGGCGGGCUGUCGGGGGCCACUCCGGGUCCCCCCAACCUGCCGGGCCAGACCACCAUCCAGGUGCGCGUGCCCUACCGCGUGGUGGGGCUGGUGGUGGGGCCCAAGGGCGCCACCAUCAAACGGAUCCAGCAAAGGACGCACACAUACAUUGUGACUCCCGGGCGCGACAAGGAGCCAGUGUUCGCAGUGACUGGGAUGCCAGAGAACGUGGACCGUGCGCGGGAGGAAAUUGAGGCGCACAUCACGCUGCGCACCGGGGCGUUCACUGAUGCGGGCCCCGACAGUGACUUCCAUGCCAAUGGUACCGACGUGUGUCUAGACCUGUUGGGAGCUGCAGCCAGCCUCUGGACCAAGGCCCCCCACCCAGGACGGAGGCCCCCCGCAGCCACCGGCGGCCUUCGAGGGGAUAAUGCCCCGGGUGCUACCGGCACCCCUGAGCCCUUCUAUGUGGGCAGCCGCGGAGGGCCGCCACUGCCGGACCCAAGUCCCAGCAGCCCCUAUGGGGGCUCAGGCAACGGGGGCUUCACAUUUGGUGGGGACGGUCCCAGUGCCCCAGCGGGGACAGCCACCCCAGAGGGUUGUGACUUUGGUUUUGAUUUUCUGGCGCUAGACCUGACCGUGCCUGCCACGGCUACCAUUUGGGCGCCCUUCGAGAGAGCCGCGCCCCUGCCGGCCUUCAGCGGCUGCCCCGCAGUCAAUGGGGCAUCCGCGCAACCCAACACAGGCACACGGCGCAGUAGCGGCGGCGGGGCCGCCACCACGCCGCGCCACUCACCCACGCUGCCCGAGCCUGGAGGACUGAGCCUGGAGCUGCCGCUGGCGCGUCGAAGCGUCCCAGAGCCAGUGGGUGCUGUGCCUUGGCGACCCCCGCAGAGCGCGCUGCCGCCUUUCUCUGGCAGCACCACCUUCUCCACCACCCCCUCUCUGCCCAGUACAACCCUGGCGUCCUCCACCCUAGACACCGUCCCCUCGGAAGGCAACCACAAGCCAUCUACCACGGCAGCGAACUCCUCCGCGUCUACCGCAGCCCCUGGCCCACCCGCAGCAGCCUUGGCGCGAGAGUGUGUGGUGUGCUCCGAAGGUGAGGCCAUGGCUGCGUUGGUCCCCUGUGGCCACAACCUCUUCUGCAUGGAUUGUGCCGUCCGCAUCUGCGGGAAGAGUGAACCAGAGUGUCCCGCCUGCCGCACUCCGGCCACCCAAGCCAUUCAUAUCUUUUCCUAGUGUACCCCCACUUGAUGGGGUGACCCUGGCUUCCCCAGGCAGGAGGGCCUCGG